CCCAAGGACAUCCAGCUGGCUCGCCGCAUCCGCGGGGAGCGGGCCUAAGUCAUUCACUAAAGCUAAUCUAAAGGCUCUUUUCAGAGCCACCUACGUUUCCACUAAGAGCAGCUGUAUCGGAUUUUCAGCUGUGUUUACUGUUGGUGUCCUGAAAACAAGGGGAAUGUCCUCAAAGUGACCACUAAGAAAGCGCAAUUGAAAUCUACAAUUUACGUGGACUCCACCCAUCUAUGACGACAUUGGUUUAAAUUAACCAAUAAAAACGCAGCAGUCUUGGAACCUUCAUUUGCAUACGAGCUCUAUAAGUAUCGCGUAACCGGCUGCUUGCGGCGUAGUCAGCGGUGGCUUGCUUUGGUGUGUGUUGCAGUUGUACAGCGAGAGAAAAAUGCCGGAUCCGGCGAAAUCUGCUCCUGCUCCCAAGAAAGGCUCAAAGAAAGCUGUUACAAAGGUACAGAAGAAGGACGGCAAGAAACGCAAGCGCAGCCGCAAGGAGAGCUAUUCGGUGUACGUGUACAAGGUGCUGAAGCAGGUCCACCCCGACACUGGCAUCUCGUCGAAGGCCAUGGGCAUCAUGAACUCCUUCGUCAACGACAUCUUCGAGCGCAUCGCCGGCGAGGCGUCCCGCCUGGCGCAUUACAACAAACGCUCCACCAUCACGUCCCGCGAGAUCCAGACGGCCGUGCGCCUGCUGCUGCCUGGCGAGCUGGCCAAGCACGCCGUGUCCGAGGGCACCAAGGCCGUCACCAAGUACACCAGCUCCAAAAUUUCCGGAGUUCUUGCCGGAGGGCGAGUGCUACCCUGAUGAUUGAGCCUCAGCCCCGCCUGAGAACCGAAUGACCUUCGGAAAGAAAGUUUGCAUCUCUAAUCCUCAGUUUUGUCCUCUGUGAAAAUGAAGAAAAGACUAGAAUCCACCUCCUAGGCUUGCUCCAAUGGAAUGAGACGAAGUGCUUAGUGCACUCAGCACAGGGUAUAGCACUCUGAGUCUCGGUAAGUGUCGCCCCUUAGUCGCCUGCGGUUAAGAUUCCUGCCGCACUCCAGGAACCCUUUUCCUUUCCCAGCUACGGAGCUCUCCUAGAUUUCUAGUGACUUGAGGGUCACUUUCCCUAAGCAUCUCAUGUUCACAGACGAGAACGUCUUUAAUUCUAAAAACAUCAUCCGAAGGCAUUUUCCCACAAUUUACUUGCAGGGUCUUUGAGUCUGUAUUUGUUUGGUGGCCCAAUAGAAAAACAACGAAUUAGGAAAUAAAACCUUUAUAAGGUCUGUUACUGGCACUCGGUGAAGGCUCGUCCAGUCUUUGAUAGGCAUUCUUUUUCUUUUUAAUUUUUAUUUACUUUUCAGAUGAGAUCUUUCUAUGUUGCCCAGGCAG